AUGGAUGAUUACCUUAUCAGAAAAGAGUUAGGAGAUGGUUCAUUUGGCACAGUUAUACAAGCGCAACACAAACAAACAGGACAAGUGGUGGCCAUCAAAAGAAUGAAGAAGAAAUUUUCUUCAUGGGAUAAAGUUUGUGAGCUUCGUGAGUUUAAGGCUCUAAGAGUUUUACCGUCAAAACCAAAUAUCAUUUCUUUACUAGAGGCUUUUCUUAUACCUCAAACGCGAGAGUUAUAUUUUGUUUUUGAGUAUAUGGAAGGUAAUCUUUAUCAAUUAAUAAAAGAUAGGAAAGGAAAAUUGUUGAAUGAAAAAAUUGUACAAUCUAUCACAUUCCAAAUACUUGAAGGACUUUAUCAUAUUCAUUCACACGGAAUUUUUCAUCGUGAUAUGAAGCCGGAAAAUAUUCUUAUCUCAACUCGAAAAAAAAUAACGUGUGAAUGUGACUAUAAUUGUGAAAUACAGGAAAAUUAUUCAACAAUUCCUUCUAAUACUCCAUGUUUUAAAAAUACUUUGACGGACAAUAUAAAAAUUUCCCAGGGAUUAAGUCAAAUAGAUGAAGGCUUUGAGUAUAUAGUAAAACUUGGAGACUUUGGUUUAGCAAGAGAGAUAAAAUCGAAAUCUCCUUAUACAGAUUACGUUAGUACAAGAUGGUAUCGUGCGCCGGAAGUACUUUUACGUUCAAAUUAUUAUUCUUCACCAAUAGAUUUAUGGGCGGUCGGAACCAUAUUAGCAGAAUUGUGUACUUUAAAACCUUUAUUUCCUGGACAAAGUGAAAUAGAUCAACUGUUCAAAAUUUCUGAAGUAUUAGGGAGUCCGAACGUUAAAUCGGAACUUGCUAUGCAAGUUGGUGGGGUUGGUGGAGGAGAAUGGAAGGAAGGUGUUAAACUAGCAAAGACGAUGGGAUUUUCUUUCCCACAGAACCAGCCCCAACCAUUGUCAAGUAGGUUCACUCAGUCAACUCCACCUUAUUUUCUUGAAUUUCUUUCACAUCUUUUGCGUUAUGAUCCAAGGCAGCGUCUCACUGCAUUAGAUUCUCUUAAGCAUCCAUAUUUUGCUGAGAGUAAUUUAGUAUUUGCCGAUGAACCAGAAGAAAUAAGAUUAAACAGGGGAAUAGAGAAAAAGAAGAAAAAUGACAAUUUUUUAUUUAGAAGAGGUGGACAUUUAAUUCCAGGAGAUAAAAAGAACAAUACUCGUUAUUCGUGGACUAAAGCAACAGAUGGACAAAACAAUGAUAAUAAUGGACCAGUAUCGCAAUUGCCACUUUUGGAUAUUGAAGCAGCGAAUAACAUUAGACAAAAAGAUUUUGUACUUCCUACAAUUAAAGCUAUUAGUCCAUUUAGUUCUGAUAAAGCACCUCAUGAUAGCUUUGGAGAAAGAAUUGAAUCUAUAGAACAAAGUAUAGUUAAGGGUCGUCAAGCAAGGGAACAUGAAACAAUAAUAGAGGAAAAAAGUGAGCUUUUAUCAAUAAUUGGGCCUCAUGAACAAUUUUCGGAAGGACAUUUGAUAGAAAACUCUAAACCAAUUCCCAUAAUGUUUAAUAGACAUCGCGGAGAACAACUUUACAAUUGUAAGAAUGAUACAGAUUUUUCUCCAAGACAUCAAUCGAAUCCAAGCAAAUCAUUUCAAUUCCCACAUGUUCAUAAAAGAAAUCGAUCUAACACGACGAGUGAAAUUGAUCGAAUGAUAAAAGAUAUUGAAGAGAUGAAUCGAGGGUUCGAUCCGUCACAAGUUGGUUGUAUUUCACCUAAAACUGUUGAUUUACGAGGAUAUAAACUGCCGGAUGAUGUUAUGAAGUUUUUUGGCACUGUCGACGAUUCGUCUUCUGUUUUAAGGAGAUCUUGUAGUAGUAGAUCAAGAGAUUUCAUGAAAAUCCAUAGACGAUAUUCUUCAACAUCAGCUACACGUGAAGAAAUGUCACCCAUGUCUUUAACUUUUCAACAUCAUAAGGAACCAUCUGUUGCUUCAAGUCAAGAUCAUUCAAGGAAUGAUAGUGGAUUUUCUACUAACAGCACAAAUAAUAUGCCCACACCUUUGGAAGAUGAAAAGGAAACACCAUCAUAUGUGAAUAAAGUUUAUGGGCAACAUUUAAAAACUUGGCAACAAAUAUGUCAAGAAAAUGGAAUAUCAUCUCAUAAUUCCCCCCUUGAUGAUGAUAACUUUAGUUCGAUGAUAAAUGAUUCAUUUAAAUCACCAGUAAUUCCCGAAUUUCAAUUUCUGAAUGUAGCAGUGAAUAGUUCGUCGCAAGAUCAUUUAGAUUCACCAGAUUCAUCACCAACUUCAACAAGUAACAGUUUCUUUUCUAAUUUGAAAGCCGCUGUGAAAUCACAUACAGUUUCUCCUACAAAGCGAUAUGGAAUUUUCAGUUCCAACCAUGAAAAUCUAAGUGGAACAUCAACAUUGCCAACUCAACAGUCAACGCAAGCAUCGUUAAAAUUACGACCACGAAUACAGCGUCGACAAAGAAGUAAUUCUGGUGAUAUAGAAGAAUCGUCAUCAGAAUUAAAACGAACCAAUUUGGUUGGAGGUAUAGGUGGAGAAAAGAAAGAUAAAAAGCUUUCUAGCUCUCCUGGACUAUUUGCCACAUUAGGGGCAAAAAUUGUAGGCGGUAAAGGAGGCGGUUCUGUUAGUUCUACUUAUUCGUCAUCCCAAUAUGAAUAG